UCAUUUUGAGCUUUCUUAAUUGUUGGGUAUCUUGUUGCUGAUCUCAAAUGGGUUUUUUGUGUGAAAAGCAUGGCUGUGGUGAUGUGAGCAAUCAACAUGAGUUCGCAUGUGUAGCGACGAGCACAGCCUUUCUGGUUGGUUGUAGCAAUUUCGUGUUGAAUUGGGCGUGGGUGAAAUUUCUGGGGCAUAUUUCUGCGGACUGACACCUGCAUUGCAAACUUGAUAGAGCUUUUGUGAUACUUGUGAGGUCUUCAAAACUUUUAAAGAUAGAAAGUCUUGGAGGAGCAGAAUCUUGCCGUUGUUAAUUUUUUUUUGUAGGAACCUGUUGCCAAGAUGUUCUUCUCAAAGUGAAAGAAUGGUUGAGGGUGCACAAACCUGUCUCUGAUGUUCUCUGAGCGCUCCAUUGUAAAUCUCACCAUUGUUGUUGGCGAAGGUUUCAGCAGUUCUUUUGUUGUAUUAAAAGUCCCUGUAAGUUUAAGUCUAUUUCUUACCCUCGGACUGUGAAUGCGGACACAUGGGCUGUAAGAAGUUUUCAGGAUGAGAAGAAGAUGAUCAUGCCGUGGAGCAUCCCACUCCUCGCAAUGGAAUCCAGGUUCAGGGUUAAGACAGCUCUGCUCCUUUUCGCAAGCCUUGGGACAGGCAUUUUUCUUGGUGCGGUGGGUUGCUUACAUUAUGACAUUAUGUCACUGCAUCAUGCGAUUUUCAGCAGCUACUCUGGUGAUGGCCGUUCAACUUGGAAUGCUGAAAUGAGAAAGCAGCAGGAGGAUAUCAUCAGCCAGAUUCCCAGCAAUUCACUAUCGAAAGAAAACCUACAACACGGAUUGUCUGAUGAAGAACUCCUAUGGCAGGCUUCGGUGGUUCACCGUCGGAGAAGCAUACCUGCGAAGGAGCGCAGGAUACCGAAAGUUGCCUUCAUGUUUCUAACAAGAGGUCCUUUACCAUUGGCACCUUUGUGGGAGUAUUUUUUCGCAACAUACGAAGAGUUUUAUUCUGUUUAUGUCCAUGCCGACCCUUCCUACACUCCGACCACGUCACCCUUUUCAGUGUUCCACCUCCGAAACAUUCCCAGUAAGCGUGCAAAAUGGGGUGAUGUGUCCAUCUGCGACGCUGAGCGCCGCCUGCUGGCAAAUGCCCUUCUUGACCCUGCCAAUGAGCGAUUCGUUCUCUUGUCUGAAAGUUGCAUUCCGUUGUAUAAUUUCAGCUACAUCUACGCCGCGUUCACCAGCACUUUUUACAGCUAUGUGCAAGCCUUCGACGAUCCGGGCGUGUAUGGUCGAGGACGAUACCACCCACGCAUGGCACCCGAAGUGACGCUUGAGCAGUGGAGGAAAGGUUCCCAGUGGUUUGAAGUCACGAGAGAGUUAGCUGUGGAGAUUGUCUCAGACACGAAAUAUUACCCCAAGUUCAAGCACUUCUGUGUAUCGGGUUGUUAUGUCGACGAGCACUACAUACAGACCAUGAUGUCUCUGGAGCAUGGCGCCUUGCUGAUGAACCGAACCAUCACCCACACGGAAUGGGUCUAUGGUAGAGCUCAUCCCACCUUGUUUUACAACAGAAUGGUCACAGAGGAGCUUCUCUCUCAGAUCCGACCCUACUUCUUCUUCUCCCGGAAGUAUUCUCCCUCGGCGUUGAAGCCGUUGCUGAAGCUUGCACCACGGGUGAUGUUCAUCUCCACUUCAAGCUAACUCUCAAGCUGGAGAAUUGAUUUCAUGUUUGACUGGUUCUGAUUCAUACUCUGCAGAUCGCAACUAUUUUUGCCAAAUCUAAUUGACUGUUGUGUCAACCAUCUGUUGUCUGGAAUAGAGUGCAUGGCCUGCAGCAUCUCAUGCAUGGCUUUUGGGUUUUAGUAGGUUGCAUGGCAGCUUGUCAACGCUAAUAGGUAGAAAAAUUAUAUAGACUAUACGAGUUUUGGUAAAUAGGUUUGAAUAGAAACUGAUGUACCCUAAAAUUGUCCUGGUACGGUUUACAAUGACUUGUUACA